AUACUCAGACAUUUUGUUUAAUGGCAUUUUAUUGUUUGCUGUUGAUUUGCAUUAAGUAAUGUAGUACGUUUUUCCCACUGUUUGGAAAUGUAGGAACCAAAUUACAAUUUUCUUUAUAUUUACACAUAUACACUAAGGAAAACAGUUUUGUUUCUUUACCCAUAAUGCAUGAGGUUGUGGCAUUCACAGAUUGCAUUUUAGCCCUUUGAUUCAUUUUAAUAGCAGUAAAUGUGUUGUGACUCUUGAGCAAUGACCUACAGGUCAUUACCCAGCGUGUUAAAUCUCAAACAGUUUUUAUUGGUUGAUUGGUCGAGUUUAUAGCGUAUAACGUAAUAUCUGCAGACAGAGGUCGAAGGACAUUUCUGAAAUCUCUAACAUAAUAUUCACAUGCUGACAUUGGAUCUAUAAUCAUGAACGUGUUCUCGUACUUGAGUUUCUUUCUUUUGGCUGCUGCGGCUGUUUUGGCUUACAUGUGGAGGGACACGUUUGAUGCAGAGUCUGUUCGGGGGUCGCGGGUGCUUGUCACAGGGGCCAGUAAAGGCAUCGGAGAGCAGAUGGCCUACCAUUAUGCCCGCUUUGGAGCAAAUAUUGUCAUCACUGCCAGAGGAGAAGAUGGUUUAAAAAAGGUGGCACAGAAAUGUGUGAAACUGGGUGCUCAGAAGGUUUCAUAUGUGACUGGAGACAUGUCUGACCCCGCAGAUCCUGACAGAGUUAUCAAAUACACUCUGGACAAACUGGGUGGAUUGGACUAUCUAGUGUUGAAUCAUGUUGGAAGCAGUUAUAUUGAGUUUUGGAACAGAGACUCAGAUCAUGUCAGGACACUCAUGCAGGUGAACUUUGUGAGUUAUGUGCAGAUGACUGCCGCUGCACUUCCAGUGAUGGAGAAAUCACGAGGUGCUAUCAUCGUCAUAUCAUCAGUGGCAGGUAAGCUUGCCUCUCCGUACGUGGCUCCGUACACAUCCACUAAAUUUGCUGUGAAUGGAUUCUUCAACACGCUGCAACACGAACUGGCAAUCCAGAAGAGCAACGUAUCUGUGACCAUUAUGAUCCUGGGGCUUAUUGACACUGAGACGGCCCUGGAUAAGAUCAAAGGAUUCAGCAGCAUGACUGCUUAUCCAGCGGGUGAAGCGGCUCUCAGCAUCAUUAAAGCUGCAGCCACACGUCAGAAAGAAGCUUUCUACCCCUGGUUCCAUUACUUCACAUGUCUGUUCAGAGACUGGUUCCCAUUUAUUAAAGACCUCAUGCUAUCGGACUUAAAUAAACAGUGAUUCUCUCCCAUAACUCAAGAUUUCCCAUGACUAUCAGAGAUAAACAAAGAUAUCUUAAAAAAUGCUGUAUGAAUCAAAUUUGAUUUGAAAUUGUAAUUUCGAAAACAACUGUGAAAUUGGUAAGAAAAGUGAAAAUAUGUAUUUAAUUUACGGACACAAAUCUACAGACCUUCACAAUGCAACACUGUAAAUAAAACAAUAUGUAAAUUUAGUCUCAUAAAAAGUUAAUGUUUCACUUCCAUUUAGUGUAGUGUACCUGUAUCCUCAUGGUAACAGAAUUAUAGUGCACUUGCACUAUCUAGGCGUUAUACUGGUUAAUAAACAGCCACACUACAGCAAUCCUACAAGGCCAAAGUGAUCGCAAGUCAUUGACUUCAUUGCAUAUCUGAUAUAACUGUUAUCUAUUCAAUAAAUAAAUCUACCGUACAAGAGUUAAACCAGACAUGACAGUUUUAGGUCAAGAGAUGUUAUUGUGUUUUUUUAACCUUUUUUGCUCUUGUUUGUAAUCUGAUUUGACCAAAAUGGUAGAUUUGAUGAUUUUAUGUACUCAGUUGUGAGUCCUUUAAAUUGAUUUGAGAAUUAUUUUAAAAUCUGAAUCGGUAGAAAACACAAAGCAGAUAUAACAUCACGUAUAGGGCUUCAACUUUAAAAGAAAAAAAAUCGUAAUGUCGAUACUAUACAACUCUUUGUACACUUCAGAUACAUGCAUCUUUUUUGAAGGACGU